AUGAAGGCCCAGCCCAGUGAAGAGAAGGAGCGAAGGUGCAAUGCAACUUCAGCAACAGAAUUUGUCCUGCUGGGACUCCUGAAGCACACCAAAGUCCACACCAUCUUCCUGGCCAUGAUUUUACUGGCCUCCAUUACUGCCUUCUCUGGAAAUGCUCUCCUCAUGUUUCUAAUCCUAAUGGAUUUCUCCCUUCACACUCCCAUGUACUUUUUCCUCAGGCAAUUGGCCUUCAUGGACAUGGGUCCAAGCCUAAUUGUUAUCCCCAAAAUGUCAAUGGAUUUUCUGAUCCUGGGCAACACUAUUUCUCUGGCACUUUGUGGGACUCAGAUUUUCCUGCUGCUAAUGAUGGGUGGAGCAGAGGGUCUCCUUCUGGCUGUCAUGUCUUAUGACAGAUAUGUUGCAAUUUGCAAUCCUUUUCAAUACCCCAUUCUCAUGAACAGGAAAAUGUGCAUGAGCCUGGCAGCUGCUGUCUGGGUUUGUGCAACAGCGAACGCCUCAAUCCAUACAGCUUAUACUAUGCAUCUGCCCUACUGUGGUUCAAAAGACAUUGAUCACUUCUUCUGUGAGGUCCCCGCCCUGCUGAAACUGUCCUGCUCUGACACCUCCAUAUACGAGACUCUGGUGUUCAUGAGUAGCAUUGUCCUGCUCCUCAUCCCUUUUUCCAUCAUACUAGCCUCUUACACUUGUAUCCUCUCUACAGUCCUGAGGAUGAAGUCAGCCAGAGGACAGCAGAAAGCCCUGGCCACUUGUUCCUCACAUCUGACUGUGGUGGGGCUGUACUAUGGGGCAACUAUCUUCAUGUACAUCAGACCCAACACUUGCCACUCUCCAGAGCAAGACAAGAUGGUUGCUGUGUUUUACACUGUUGUCACCCCAGUUCUGAAUCCCGUCAUAUACAGCCUGAGAAACAGGGAUGUCCUACGAGCCUUACUAAAGCUGGCUGGAAAAUGCACAGUCCUCCACCAAAACUGA